GAAUAUGCUGCCAAAGGAUCCAUGCCAGAAACAAGCCUGUGAAAUACAGAAAUGUUUACAAGCCAACAACUAUAAUGAAUUGAAGUGUCAGGCUGUCAUCCAAGAACUACGUAAGUGUUGUGCUCGAUACCCAAAGGGAAGAUCUCUCGUCUGUUCGGGAUUUGAGAAAGAAGAAAACAACUUGAUACUGAAGUCUGAAUCAAAGUAAAGUUCUGCUGGAAAAGAAAUGCUGCUCCAUGUUUCCACCAAGCACAUUUUAUUUAAACUUCUGACUUUCUUCAGGCCAAGUAGCAGCAAAUAUCAAAUAAAAAGGCCAUCUAUAAGAGUAAAUACAUAUGCCAUCUAUGGUGGGACAGAAAUAUAAAUAUGUUAAAAGACAUGUAGAAUGUAAUAAAACUGAGCUACUAAAAUAAAACUGUUUUAAGUGAA